UGCACGGAUCUGAUAGGAUGCCAUGAUGCUAUUGGGGCCAAGCUCAUUGAGGGCGCUGGGUUCAAAGCCGCUUUCUUCUCAGGGUUCGCUUUCAGCGCUUCUCGUCUAGGAAUGCCAGACGUGGGGGUCGCAACGUAUUCCGAGAUGGCAGAUGCUGGUAGAGACGUCUGCAAUGCUGUCAAGAUACCGGUGAUCGGGGACGGCGACACGGGAUAUGGUGGAACCCUCAACGUGAGGAGGACGGUGAAGGGAUUCGCACGAGCAGGGUUUGCUGCAGUGAGCAUAGAGGAUCAAUGCUUCCCAAAGCGCUGCGCGUAUGCUAGCGGAGUACAAGUC